AUGGCCCCCACCGGUGUCUCCAAGGCCACUCUCAAGGCUCAGUCCGCUCAGAAGGCUAACGCCAAGGGUAUCCAGGCUAAGACCCAGCGCAAGAUCCGCACCUCCGUCCACUUCCGCCUCCCCAAGACCCUUUCUCUUGCUCGUGCCCCCAAGGUCCUCCGCAAGUCCAUCCCCUCGGCCACCGCCCUUGACGCCUACACCAUCGUCAAGUUCCCGCACAACUCCGAGGCUUCCCAGAGCCAGAUCGAGGCCCACAACACCCUCGUCUUCAUCUGCGACGUCCGCUCCAACAAGCACCAGAUCAAGCUUGCCCUCAAGUCCCUCUACGACAUUGAUGCCUCCAAGAUCAACACCCUGAUCACCCCGUCUGGUGUCAAGAAGGCUUUCGUCCGCCUCGUCCCUGAGCAGGAUGCCGCCGCUGUUGCCUCCAACAUUGGCCUCAACUAA